UAAAUCAGCAAUGUUUUAAAUCAUGAGAAAAAAUAGUUGACAGCUGCUGGAAUUAUGACUAUAUUUUAAGUUGCUUUAAGCCAUCCUAGUUUGGUUUUUCAAUUUGGCUGUGAACGGGAAAUUCAUUAUAGAAGUAUUGAUUUGUUUUCACUGUUUCCAGUUUUAUAUGAUAAAGUGAUAUUAGACAUCAGAGUCUCUCAGUACGCUGGGAGAUAGCUUUCAGCGCGGCGAUUUAUUGAAGUUGCUCGCGCUGCUGGCGAGGGGAACUACUUGCUGCUUGUAGCGGCUAUCUUUAUUCCAGUUUUAUAAAUAUUUUGAAAAAUAUAUAAUAGUUGGAAUUGUUAUGGGAUCGUCUUAAUAAUUGUUGACAGACAACAGCUGAAGGCAGAAAACGAGAAACACACCACUGUCGGGAUGUUGACUUCACAUACAUGUGACAGUAUUGACUAAAACUUCAAGAGGAAAUUCAAUCAGUAACUGACACAGGAAACGUAAAUUUGACGAAUCGCUUUGACAGUGUGACAUAUUGCUUGAACAAAGCAAAAGAGAAAAUGGAGUUAAAACUUGGCAGUGUGAUGCUCUUACUUUCUUGCAGUCUUCAGCAGUCACUCUGGGGAAUUUUAGCUUCUGUUCCACAGACUACUGCAAAUAAAUGUAAAAGUAAGAUCAGUUCAGAGGGUGCACCAACACAGCGAGUACAGAUGAUACGCAGGAUACCAGCAAGAUGUUCCGGGUGGGACGAGGCAUGGUCCUGGAUCUCUAACAAGGACUGUAGAACCAAGUACAUACUGGACUAUGUGGAGUUGCCCAGUGCUGUACAGAAAGUGGAUCAGGAGGACUGUGAAGAAGAAGUGGCAACACAAACAGAGACUGGACAUUUCAACCUUGCUGAGGAGAAGUAUCUGGCCAUAGCCUUUGGUUCCGCUACUGUUGCUUUACUUAUACUCAUAGUGAUCAUUGUAAUCAGUGUUGUCAGGCGUGGCAGUAACAGAUGUAGAAUAUGUUCCUCUGGUCCUGCAUAUACUUCUGCAAAUGCUUCCGAGAGGGAACAUCUAGAUGCCAGUAAUACAGCUGGCAAUGAGUAUGUUGGUGAUGAGUUAAAACUUGCCGAACCUAUGUACGAAGAGAUCCAUGAUCGUACAACUGCCAAGAAAAAGCUGGAAUUUAAUGACGAUGUGAAACCAGCCCGUUACCAAAAUUUACCAGAAGAGGAGGGAGCUGAGAAGAAUGGUGCUAAAAAUUUACCACCUAAUGGUGUUCAUAGGAGGCCGGUAACACCAAGUGCCCCGUAUGAGGAAGAAUUACAACAGACUACUCGUAAAUGUGUGCCAAACGAUUAUAGUGUAUUCGUAGAUAAACUACAAACAUUUGGAAUUACUGAUCAAGUAGGGAAAGAUAGUGACAAUUUCAAUACUGGAGAAAAUAUAAUAGAUAACGCUGAUGGAGAAUGUAGUAAAGAACUUGUCAAUGUGAAGCCUGAAUCAGAUGAAAUUAAUGAACAAGCACAAGAUAUUGAGACGGUUAACAGUACUGGACUGCCUUCUUACCCAAGUAAAACAAUUAAUGAUUCAAAGGAUUGUGUAUUAGCUGAGUCGGAGGAUAAAUUUUCUCACAAGUCCUCACAUUCCUAUGAAAAUCUCAACAAAACAGGAACUGCAUCUGGAGAUUAUGAAUCUCUGGCUACCAAUGACCCUUGUGUUAGUUCACAACCAAUGCUCCAAGAGCAAACAAGUGACCAGUGUUUUGAUAGCCAUACUUUGGUGUCCGACGGUGAUGAAUCGUCUUUAAAAUGUGUAAAUAUAGAGAGUAUGUCCACGCCAGUAAAACUGGUAUCGCCAUCAAGUUACGAGGAUUGUCAUGUUAACACUAUAUAUAUGCAGCCAGACAAAGUAACAGAUAGUGCCAAGCUAGAAAAUGAAAACAAUAUUGCAGACACUUGUACCUAGCUUAGAUGUACAACUAAUUUUGGCCUAUUGAAAUUUUAAAUAGCCCGUAGACAAUUGAAGAAAAAAUAUUGAAGAAUAAAUAACAACUAAGUUUUUAAUCAGGUCGAUAAAUAUGUUUGAUUUUUUACCUGCUUUUUCGAAGUGAAAAGUAAGUUUAGAAUAAUGCUGUUAUAGGGCUUUUGGGAAUACUUUGUCUCUUAGGAUGGGCUCUACAGUGGAAUUCUUCGUUUAAUAAAGGGAUUAGAUAUAUUUUUCAUAGUUCUGUUCAUAUGUGUUAAUUCACAUUCUUUGUUUACUUUAAUACCCUAAAUAGUUAUUAAGUAGGUAGGGUUUUCUUUACCUAAUGUAUUUUGUUUUGAGAGUACAUGUAGUAUUGUUUUUAGUUAUUUUUUACUGUUUCUUGCUGACUUUAUCAAUCCUAUGGGACAGGUAAACAGUUUUAACUGUUGCCCUCAGCAGUGAAUUAUUUCAUGUUCAUGGACAUUAUCCCAGAUCUCUUAUCAAGUGUUUAAAUAAUCAUGUAAAGCAUUUCAAAGUAAAAGACAUCUAAACAGUUGUUACACAAAUUAGAUUCUUUAAGAAUUUGGACUUUAUCAGAAAUUAGAAAGAUAAUAAAAUAGUUUUUUUCAUGGGCGUUUUGGUGACCAGUAAGUAACUAUUGUCCCUUGGUAUCAGGGACUCUUUGUACUGUCGUCUUCAGCCUGUUGGCCUCUGGCAGUAGUACUCAAGUCAUCUCUGCUACCUGGUGAAAAAACUUUAUGCCUACUGUUCUCCAAAUACCUGUGAUCUGUGACUACCUGUUCCUAAUCACCAGCAUUUUAUUACAAACUUAUUCAUGUCUCCCUUACAAAAUUUUGUAGUUAUCUUUUACUUUCAGGGAUCUUUUUUCGAUUUUAUCUUGUUUAGGACUAAUAUUUAGUCGACAUGCUUCGUCCACUUAGCAGACAUAUUUUACGUAUUAUAUAUAUGCAUUUGUAUAUUCAAGAAGAAAUUUAUCAUGACAAAAUCCCAUUGUCUCAUUUUAGACUUAUCUGGAAUUCACUGGCAUUGUUUUGAUUAAAGUGGUAGUACUAUUGCAAAUGAAAAUGAUGAUUAAAAGUAAGAGGUCAGUUUUUCAAGUUUUUAUGAGAUUUGUCAUCAUGCAUAUAUUCUUGUGUAUUACUGCAAGUAUGAAUUAGCAAAAUUUUUAUGUACGUGUUAAGGUUGUACCAGUUUGUUUUUGUGUAAAUGAAGUUUCAAGCUUGUUAUAUUGGCAACAGUUGGAGCAAAAUAUGUUAAUAUGUCCAUUUCAGGUACUGAUCAGAAAAAAUUGAGAAACAAUUACAACUGUAGUUAAUUUAACUUUUUGAUUUGAGUUUUUUUUACAUAGUUAUUUUCUUAACAUACUUGUAUAUAUUUAGGGCUUUUUAAAAUGAUCCUUAUGGAAUUUCACAUCAUGAAACAUUGAAAAAAAACUGGUAUGGCCUUUACCUAGUCUGUCAGUACAUUUUCCAUUUUUUUCUCUUCUAGUCUUCAAAGACACCAAAAUGCUCAUGCUGUAUAUAAUGGAAUUGAUUUUCUAACUUUAAUAUUUCUACUUUGUGAAACUGUUUUCUCAUUAUGACUCAUAUUUCUCUGUAACUUGUGAAUUUAUUUGUCUCAUAAAGAAGGAGAUUGAAUAAUUUUACACUCCAUACUUUUGUGAUAUCUCCUUGAUGUAUGUUGUCAAAGUGUUUGUAAUUAUUGAUACCACAAUCUUGUAUGAUUAUGUAUUUCAUGUGAAAGUGUUCAGAUGUAAUCUUUAUAGCUUUAAAUAAUACAUACAUUGUAUAAUCUAAUGUUUGGUUCACAUAAUUGGUAACACUUUUCCUUUAGUUUUGAUUCAUAUAACGUUUAUAAUUUCUGUAUGAAAGAUAACUGUUAUUGAAUAGAAAAUAAAGAAAUAUUUUCUGAGCACAAAAUGGUGAUGUUAGGAUGGAUAUAUUUUGUGAACAGAAUGACAAAAGAACUAAUGUUUAAUGUAAUAAUGCUCAGAAUCUCGUGUAACUCUUUCUGUCCCAUAUAUUUCUUUUAUGACCAUAUGUGUGUAAGUCAAGCUACUGUUAUCGCUAGUUGUGGCAGUAAUUUCAUAUGUAGUUGUUGUUUGCAAGAAACAUGUAAAAUCUUUCUAACUGCUUUGAGUUUUUAUGCGUCAUACUAUUUUAUACUAAGCUGAAAUAUUUGUAAAUAUCAGUUAUUGGUAUGAUUAAAUGGCUGCACAAAUGCGGAGUUACAUUGUCUCAUCAUCUACAACUAAGUGCAUUUCUUUUCUUUUUUUCAAGACUUUUUGAAAGGCUAUGCAUUGAUUAGUUAGUAAUGUAGAUAGAGUUUAAUUUGGCAAUGUAAAGUGUAAUAAUUUUGUAACUUUUAUUUCAUGCUUUUCAGCAGUUUAUUUAUCAAAUAAUCAGGGCCUUUGCAUGGUUCAUCAGCUGAUUUGCCAUGGUUUAGCCGAGUAUUGGACCUGGGACAAAAAAAAAUAUGACCGGACAGAUAAAACCCUGUUUUCGUCCUAAAUCAUUUAUAGAUGGUAUAUAUCAUCAUACCCCCACAAAUGAAGUUUGGGGGUGUAUAUAGGAGUGAGCUUGUAGGUCAGUCUGUUGGUUUUCAUGCAUUGGUUUCCAGAUGAUAACUCAUUAAAGUCUUGACAGAUUUAAAUAAUUUUUGAUCUACAGGUAUAACACCUAAAAUACAGGUCAAGCUCGACUUUGAUAUCAGUAGGUCAAAGAUCAAGGUCACAAUGAUCCAGAACAGUUAAACGGUUUCCGGAUGAUAACUUGAGAAUGCUUGGGCCUAGGGCCAUGAAAGUUGAUAGGGAGGUUGGUCAUGACCAGCAGAUGACCCCUAUUGAUUUUGAGGUCAGUAAGUCAAAGGUCAAGGUUACAGUGACCUGGAACUGUUAAACAGUUUCCGGACAAUAACUUGAGAACACUUGGGCCUAGGAUCACGAAACUUAAUAGGGGGGUUGAUCAUGACCAGCAGAUGACCCCUAUUGAUUUUGAGGUCAGUAAGUCAAAGGUCAAGGUUACAGUGACCCGGAACUGUUAAACAGUUUCCAGACAAUAACUUGAGAACGCUUGGGCCUAGGAUCACGAAACUUUAGUUGGGAGGUUAUGACCGCUAUUGAUUUUGGGGUCAGAGGUCAAGGU